AUGCUCCAGCAGAACAUCCUCAACACCAGCAGAGACUGGGAAGAGAUCAAGGCCGACUAUGACCCGGAAUCGAUCAAGGAGUCAAAGGGGUAUGCGAUAUGGAAGGCGAUCCCUUACACCCCCAAGCACAAGCGGGUCAUUGGCCGAGUCGUGAACGCGCUGUCCAAGAUACCCGUCGCCUUCACGGUAGCUGAGAAGCUGCGCCCGACAUCGUAUCUGGAUGGCCUUCGGGGCUUCGCCGCCUUUCUCGUCUACUGGCACCAUCACGAGCUGUGGGUUCACGGCUGGACAAAGGAAAACUCCAUCUUUGAGAAUGGCUUUGGGUAUGACGGCAAAUACUACAUGGCCGCCUUCCCCGGCAUACGCAACUUCUUCACCGGCGGACACUAUGCCGUCUCGACCUUUUUCAUCAUAUCGGGCUACGUCCUCUCUCUGAAGCCCAUGAGCCUUGUGCAGGCGGGCGAGCUCGCAAAGCUGGGCGACAACCUCGCAUCGGCCUUUUUCAGGCGGUGGCCACGCCUCUACAUGCCCAUCAUCGUGGUCGUCCUGGCAUACAUUACGCUAUGGCACAUGGCCGGCAUGUGGAUCAACGGGAUGAAGCGGGCGGAGAGCUGGUCGGAAGAGGUGGUGGCCUUGUAUCGAGAGUUCAAGAACUUCAGCUUCGUCUUCAAGGAGGGGGGCGUUCCCUGGCUGAGCUACAACUUCCACCUGUGGUCCAUCCCGGUCGAGUUCAAGGGCUCCAUGGUCGUCUACGCCUCGCAGCUGGCCCUGUCGCGGAGCUCCAAGGCGGCGCGGCUGUCGUGCGAGGCCUUUUUGGUGUUUUACUUUAUGUUCAUCGCAGACGGCUGGUACUGCGCCAUGUUUUGCACGGGCAUGCUGCUCUGCGACCUGGACCUGCUCGCAAACAAGGGCGAGCUGCCCUUGUUCCUGGCCUGCCUCGAGCCGGCCAAGGACUUUCUCUACUACCACCUGCUGGCCUUGAGCCUCUUCCUGGGCGGCAUCCCGAGCGAGAACUCGGACGUGCAGAACCUGCAAAAGAGCCGCGGGUGGUACUAUCUGUCGUGGCUCAAGCCGCAGGCGGUGUUUGACUACAAGUGGUUCUACCUGUGGCUGGCGGCCACGUUCCUGGUCGCGUCCAUUCCGCGCAUCACCUGGCUGAAGCGCUUCUUCGAGACCAAGUUCUGCCAGUAUCUGGGUCGCAUCUCGUUUGCGCUCUACAUGGUCCACGGCCCCGUGCUCUGGACGCUGGGCGACCGCAUCUACGCGGCCGUGGGCUGGCGGACGGACGAGCAUCUGCAGCACAUGCCGCACUGGGUGGACAAGCUGCCGCUGCCCAAGUCGGGGCCUCUGGGGCUCGAGGUGUCGUUCCUCGUGCCGCACCUGGUGCUGCUGCCGCUGACGCUGGCGCUGGCAGAGGCCGUGACGCGGUGGGUGGACACGCCGAGCGUCAGGUUUUGCUCGUGGCUGUACCACAAGACGUUGGGCAAUUCGGAUCCGGUGCUGGCGAAGCAGGCCAGGGCGUGA